CUUUAAUGGAUGGUUUGGGCAAUUAUCACGUUCCGAAGCGCAAACAUUCUCUUAUCCGUAAGUUGCGAGACGACAGCUCACUUGCUUAAUCAAUAAUCGGAGUCGGGAAGGUUGGCCGAACUCUGCUGUUCGUCGGCUCCUCGUUGGAAACCUCAGGUAAAUGAGGGAAUUUAAGGAGCAACAUUGAAAUGGAUGUACUAAAAGAGGCAUAGAGUACAGCACGUGAUUCCAUUUCCACCUGUAACUCCAAACAAGCCCGAGACAACUCCCUUUUGCCUUCCAGGUUAUAAAGAGAAACCAUAUUUCUUCCAUGAAUUCUCUGUUUUUACAUUCGUCUCUUGGUCCAUCAUUUACUUGCAAACCUCAGCCAUGUUCUCUUAAGAGGAAUAUACAUAUAUGUACACUACGUGGUUCUCAUCAUAAUACUCGGAUAUUUGCUCCAGUAUUAUUUCCUUUCAAAUUGUAUCCAGCCAUACAUAUUAACAAAUCAAUCACCUGCUUUUCAACUCCUCCUAGUGAAGGUGUAGUAUCUGUAAUCAAUUUUGAAGAUUUAGUUGAGAAGGACUUUUCAUUUCUCGAUUCAGACGAGUUUAGUUCCACAGAAGAACAUGAUCAAAAGAUUAGGCGGAUUAUUUCUGCUGGAGAGAUUACAGAAAGUUCUCAGGUUAUGGUUUCCAUUUCUUCAGAAGGAUUUGUUGAUCAGUUGUUUGACUUAGCUCCUUGCCGAAGUUUGCUUGUUGUCCAUGAUUCUAUUCUAACAUUAGCUUGUAUUAAAGAAAAAUAUGACAAAGUUAAGUGUUGGCAAGGAGAAGUUAUAUAUGUACCAGAAAAAUGGGGACCUUUCGACGUUGUAUUUCUCUAUUAUCUUCCAGCCAUGCCUUUUGAACUUGACGCGAUUUUUGAAGCACUUUCAAAACGUUGUGUUGCAGGUGCAAGACUAGUUAUUAGCCAUCCCAACGGAAGGAAAGGAUUAGAACAAGAACAACAACAGUUCCCAGAUGUCGUAGUUUCGGAUUUACCUGAAAGGAUGAAUUUAGAGAAUGCUGCUGCAGAUCAUUCUUUUAACUUGACUGAAUUUAUAGAUGAGUAUAACUUUUAUCUUGCAGUUUUGAAAUUCCACAAGGAUAGAAGUUAAGUCUUAAUAUUUCAUCAAAGGCUAGGUCAGCGGUUCCUCAUCUAAUUCCAGCUGCAAAACUUUUGUGAUUUGGAUAAACAAAAUUUUGUUGUUUUAUCAUUUAUCAUUGGUACAGUACCUUACUAUUAUAUGAAAUCCUGAAUCAGAUCAAGUUCCUAA